UUUAAAAUGAUACCAAUGGCAGUUAAAACCAUUUCUUCCCUUCUCUUUAAUCUCUUCCUCUCUUUCACCUUCCUCUUCUUCCUUCUAUAUAUUUACACCCCACAUCCUUCUCUAUUCUCACAAUUCAGUCUCUCCCUUCUCUUUGUAUUCAGGCUAGAACUGUUUCUUAUAGCCCUUUCAUAUGCACUCAUGAAUUUCGAACAAUCAGAGCAAGAGGUGCCGCUUCAAGACAUUGAAGUUGCAUUCUAUCAACUGAGUCAUCAGAACUCAGAAGUCUCACUCCCCGUUGACGAGGAGGUCAGUGACAAGAACGGAAAGAGCGUAGGGUCCAUAACCAUGGAUGAAUUCAUAGCCAGCAUUUGGAACACAGAUGAGUUCCAACUUAACCCUCCUCUACCCGUCUACGAGGAAGCUGAAAAGAACAACAACGUUGCACCAGAACCCACCAUUCCUCAGCCAGGCUCAUUCCCUGUCCCUCCCCCAAUUUGCAACAAAACUACGGAUGAAGUUUGGUCUCAGAUCCAGAAAAGCCAACCACAACAAAAUGAAGCUGAAGCUGAAGCUGAUGCUGAUGACAGCCUUGCUAGUGAUGAAACAAUCCAAAAGGAACCCACAUUUGGAGAAAUGACUUUGGAGGAUUUCCUAAUAAAAGCUGGGGUUGUCACUGAAUCAACACUGUUCACCACUAUAUUACCUCAGAAUCAUUUCGCUAACAUUCCAACCAAUAUUCCAUUUAAUGCAAGCUAUAUAUUAAUUGGAACUACUGGACCUAAUAUCCCCUGUGCUAGAUUUGAACCACAUCAAAUGCUGCCACCGAAUAACCACUUUGUUGUGAGGAAUUUCACUGCUACAAAUGUUGCUGUGGAGAAUAAUGCUCGAAACGUAGCAGAAUCAAGUGGCAACAAUGGCAAGGGUAAGAAAAGGAUCAUUAAUGGUCCUCCCGAAGUGGUAAUAGAGAGAAGGCAGCGCAGAAUGCUGAAGAAUCGAGAAUCAGCAGCACGAUCUCGUGCAAGAAGACAGGCAUAUACUGUGGAGCUUGAAGCAGAGCUGAAUAAUCUGAAAAAUGAGAACGAAGAGCUUAAGAAUAUGCUGGCUGAAGAUGAACGCAAGAGACUACAAGUAGUAAGUGAUUAUGUCUCAAAUUUAAUUCAGAGACAGGCCCCAACAACGGUUCAAAUGAGGAAUGAGAAAAAGAGGAAAUUGAAGAGGCCUCUGAGUGCAUCCUGGUGAGUAGCAUCCUGGUGAAGAAGCUUCAACGGCAGGCAUUAGAAGAUGAACAUAUGCACGUUGUGAGAAAAGGAAAUAAAGUGUAUGUGUUAUCUACGAUGCACCUGAACCGUUUAUCAAGAGGAGAAGAAAAUAAGAGUUAUGAAUAUUAUCACUACUAUGUUGCUUUUGUUUCUUUGUUUCAAUUUCAAUUUCCUGGUUUGUAAUAAAAGCUUUUGCGAGUACUUUAUAUUAUAUUAAG